CAAGCAUUCUACGCUACACAUCACUCGCAAUGGCGCCAUCACUGGAGGAGCCGACCCAGGUAGAUCUCGAUGCGCCUCUCAAAACCGCACCUAAGCUCGUUGCGCCUGAACCAGAACACUGUCCUGGUCCCGAAUCUGAGCGCGCAGGCGUCGCCGACUCCUGCGCCGGGUGCCCCAACCAGAAAAUAUGCGCCUCCGCUCCAAAGGGUCCCGACCCUGACAUUCCACUCAUCACAUCCCGCCUCUCCUCCGUCCGCCACAAAAUCCUCGUUCUCUCCGGCAAAGGCGGCGUCGGUAAAUCCACAUUCAGCACCAUGCUUGCGCACGGUUUCGCUUCAGACCCGUCCUCCACCAUCGGCCUCAUGGACACGGAUAUCUGCGGGCCGUCCAUCCCCAAAAUGAUGGGCGUGGAAGACGAGCAGAUUCAUACUACGAGUGAGGGGUGGGAGCCGGUGUGGGUGAGCGAGAAUCUGGGCGUUAUGUCAGUGCAGUUUAUGCUGCCGAAUAGGGACGAUGCGGUGAUCUGGCGGGGGCCGAAGAAGAACGGGCUGAUCAAGAAGUUCUUGAUGGAGGUGGGGUGGGGCGAGUUGGAUGUGCUGGUGGUGGACACGCCGCCGGGGACGAGCGACGAGCAUCUUUCCGUCAACUCGUUCUUGAAAGCUUCGGGCGUUGAUGGCGCGGUGCUGGUCAGCACGCCGCAGGAAGUCAGUUUGUUGGAUGUGCGGAAGGAAAUCGACUUCUGCAGGAAGGCCAAGAUCCCCAUUCUGGGCAUUGUGGAGAAUAUGUCGGGCUUCGUGUGCCCUGGGUGCAAGCACGAAUCUCAGAUCUUCAGGCCGUCAACGGGCGGCGCGAGGAGGCUGGCCCAGGACGAGAAGAUUCCUUUCCUCGGCGCGGUACCGCUGGACCCGCGGAUAGGGAUGGCGUGCGACUUUGGGGAAUCGUUCUUGGAGGCGUAUCCGGACUCACCGGCUUGCAAGGCAAUACGGCAUGUGGUGCAGAAGGUGGGGGACCAGAUAGGGGUGAGCAUGGAGGAUGGGCUG